AUGAAUGUUCAUGGAUUGACAACGAAACUUAAUUAUGAAAAAGGAGCAAAACCAGAAGCAGGAAAAUUUAUUUGUUUUGAUCAUAUACGUUUUUAUGUAGGAAAUGCUAAACAAGCUGCUAAUUGGUAUUGUACAAAUUUUGGUUUUGAACCAUAUGCUUAUAAAGGUCUUGAAACUGGAUCACGUUUAGUUGCUUCACAUGCCGUUAAACAAAAUAAAAUUAUUUUUGUUUUUGAAACAGCACUUUUACCAGGAAAUUUGGAAAUAGGUGAACAUCUUGUUCAACAUGGAGAUGGUGUUAAAGAUGUUGCAUUUGAAGUUGAUGAUAUUCAUUAUAUUGUAAAUUAUGCCAAAAAUAAGGGUGCUGUUGUUGUUAAAGAUAUUACCAAAGAGGAAGAUGAAGAUGGUUUUAUUUUAACUGCCUCUCUUCAAACAUAUGGUGAUACUCUUCAUACACUUAUUGAAAGAAAAAAUUAUAAAGGAGUUUUUCUUCCUGGAUUUAAAAAACAUUCAUAUGGUGAAGAAUUUUUCAAAACAUUACCAAAGGUUGGUCUAGAUUUUAUUGACCAUUGUGUUGGUAAUCAACCAGAAAAUAUGAUGGAACCAGCUGUUCAAUGGUAUGAAGAAAUGCUUCAAUUUCAUAGAUUUUGGAGUGUUGAUGAUACAAUGAUUCAUACAGAAUAUUCUGCACUUAGUUCAAUUGUUAUGACAAACUAUGAAGAAACAAUAAAAAUGCCUAUUAAUGAACCAGCAGUUGGAAGAAAAGCUAUAUCACAAAUUCAAGAAUAUGUAGAUUAUUAUGGUGGAGCUGGAGUUCAACAUAUUGCAUUGAAUACUCAAGAUAUUAUUACGGCAAUUGUAGCAUUAAAAAAAAGAGGUGUUGAAUUUCUUUCUAUUCCAGAUGCUUAUUAUGAUAAUCUUAGAGAUAGACUCUCAAAUUCAUCUACAAAAGUUGCCGAAGAUAUUGAUAAAUUACAAAAAUUAAAAAUUCUUGUUGAUUUUGAUGAAAAUGGAUAUCUUCUUCAAAUAUUUUCUAAACCAUGUCAGGACAGACCAACUCUUUUUAUUGAAAUUAUCCAAAGAAGAAAUCAUCAAGGAUUUGGUGCUGGUAACUUUAAAGCCUUAUUUGAAUCAAUUGAGUUAGAACAAAAUGAGCGUGGAAAUCUAUUUUAUAGUGAUGUUAAACAAGGAGGAGAAAAAUUAAAAAAAAUAUAA